AUGAUUGAUCCGCGCUUUGGCGGUGCUGGCGCCGUUCCUCUGUCAUCGGGAUACGCACCACAAGGAGUUUCUGUUCAUCAUCAUCGCCAUCGUCAUCAUCGUGCACGUAAAGGUAGACAAAAUGGUCUUGGAGAUUCACCACUAAGCCGCGACGAAUCAAUACACAAAGUCGAUCAUGGCCAUCAUUUUCAGACCGAUGGUGCUCAAUAUGGCAAUGGCUUUGGAGUUCCAUAUGGCGCUGGUGGUUUUGGAGUAGGCACGACACAUGGUUAUUACAAUCAACAACAACAACAACAACAGCAACAGCAACAACAAUACGGUACUGGCAGCAGCUAUGGUUAUGGUCAACAGAGUGCUGGCUAUAGCCAAUAUAGUGGUACUCCAGGAGGAACUAUGAUAAAACACCAUCGACGUCACCACCGACACCGCUAUCACGGUGCUGACGUGGUAAAUCACAGCGGUGACCAAACACAAGGAAUACCCGAACAAUUAAUUGGCCAACGAUCAUCAAGUGUUCUGGGUAAUGAAGCACCACAAGUACGCUCACCAAUUCCAUCCGCUGACGAUGAAACUCGUGGCGAUGAAGUCACUCAUUCACGCCGUCGUCACAGCCGCCAUCACAGUACUGAUCAUGCAGGUUACAGUCAAUCACAUCAAUCGCGUAUCAACCAAGGGCACACAGCAGCUGGUCCCGAUGGUUAUGGUCAUAUCAAUGAUGAUUUAAUCUUUAUUGAACGUGGCGAACAUAGUCCACAUCGACAAGAACCACCACCUGGCUAUGAAUACAAAGGCAAAAUUGAAGUUCAAGGCGUUGAUAAAGAAGUUCGUUCGCGAUCUCAAGGACAAAUAUCAGCUCUUUCACCGGCACCGUUGCCUAUACAAAUGUCACAACCUUGUCCAGGAGCAUCAGCUUUAAGUGGAUGUCCACCUGGCUGGCAGCAAAUGAUCCUAACAGCUGCUCCGGGUGGUCCAUGUCCUCCAGGUGCUACCAUGUAUCAUGCGCAAGUUGUUGGAACUGGCGGCAUGGGCCAAGCUGGUCUCGGAGGUAUGAGCAGUUUGGGAGCUCCGACAAGCAGUAUGGGCUAUAGUGGAGUUGGACCGAUGGGAGCUACUGGCUCAGGUGGUGGACUUGCUAACUUAGCAGCGAGUCUUCCUAUUCCACCUCAAGCCCAGCUCGUUGCUGAUUAUAUUGUCGAAGCAGGUUCAGGUGAUAUGGGCUCGUCUGGUGGCAGCUUCCCAUCUGGUUAUCAAAGCGGCUUCUGCGGAGAACAAGCCGAAGGAAGUUCAUCCAAUCGAGCAACCAUCAUUGAAGUUUGGCAAAAACGGGCCAAGAGUGAAGGACGCGAUAAAUCAGAGUCUCAUUCACGAUCACGUUCUCGAUCAAGAAGUCCAAAACCUGAUUCAUCCUUCGAUUUCGAACGAUUCCGCAAUGAUAUUCUGGGAGCUAUCGAACGUAUGGUACAAAAUGGAGGAGCAGGUGCGAAAAUACAAUGGACUGGCCAUGAUGGUGGCACACAAACGCAAAUUAAUCCAAGCGCUGGCUUUGACGAUAAGAAAGAAACGGAAAAGAGACCGUCAGGUAGUGGGAACGGUGAAGUUCGAGUCAUUGUGCAACCUAUUCAACCUGUCUUCUACAUGCCACGACAAGGUGAAACAGGACAGGCCGCUGGCCCAGCUAUACAACAAACAACAAGUAGUGGAGCACCCAAUGUAGUCUACAUUCCACGUAAUGUCUAUGUACCUGUUAUUAAACCUGUCUUUGUACCUCGAGAACGUGUCAUCGUACGUCCUCAAGUCAUCCAUGUUGCUCGACCUGUCCUUGUCGAUCGACCCGUGCCAGUUACACAACGACCAAUUAUUAUUGAUCGUGAAAAACCAGUGCCCGUACCAGUGCGUGGUGCCGGUCACGAAAGCACGAGCGCUUAUGGUGGCCGCUGUGCUGAAUAUGCUGGUGGUGUCGAUUAUGGUUAUACGCCUACGCAACAAGAACAACAAUACACAACAUCAGGUCAUGAAAUGGCUAGUGUCUAUCAGGAAGCAACAUCCAUUCCUGAUCCAUUCCAACAUAGUCAGUCAGCUGCUCAACUUAACAUUCAACAAGGUGUCGCAAGUGGCGCUAGCAGCGGCGGUUAUCACGAAUCCUAUUCAAAUUUAGUCCGAACUAAUAGCGCAUCAGCUGUUAACGGUGUACCCAUAAGCUGUUCAGCCCCAAUUGAAGUCCUCGAUGCCACGAUUAAUAACACAUGGCAAAGAACAGAUAAAUCAACAUUAGUACGUCGAUAUGGUCGUCCAGCCUACGAUAUCGUUCAGAAAACUGAUCAAGUCGAGCAACAAAUGUAUCAAGAACUCCGUCAACGAAAUGGUAAUGAUGCUUUUCAGAGACCUGGUUCAUCCGCUAGUUAUGGAUCGGGCUCCGGCGUAGGUGGCCAUCCUGGUUAUGCUGCUAGUACUGGUUCGUAUUCGUCCAUUCCUCUUGGCGAUUUAAAACAUUUCAAUCCUGAAGGCAUUCCUCAUCAAGGUUCAGCACCUAUACCCGUCUCUAUGAAUUAUUAA